CGUGUUUGCUUAAUUGCACUUUCUUUGAUAGAAACUUUUAGCAUAAAAAAGGAAAUCUGCAAUUGUUGUAUAAUUUCAUAGAAUUAAUCACAAUUUAAUUAGAUAUUCGAUUAAACAAUACUUUUUGCUUUUAAAAACUCGAUUUCCUUCUAACAAUUCACAAUUUUUCCUAUAUGUCACUGUAUGCCACUAUAUGUCUUUAACUGUAGACAGUCGGAAUGAGAGAGAGUCUUCAACCCAGAUUUUGAUUACAACAAACCUACGCGCGACCCGAUUCUAUUCAUUCGGCUAUUUUCGGGGCCUAAUUUGAAAGUGAGCUAAUUUUUAAAGACCGAACUCAUUUAUCAGAUUCUCUAUGUACGUUCGUUAAGUCAGAGACACGGAACGCCAACUUCGCUUCUGACAGUAAAGGCUCUAUUCCAAAUACUUUUUAAGGUCAAAUAUUUUUAUAACUUUUAUUUCAUUGGACUUUGUUUUUUUCGGGUGAUGGGAUUGCAUAAUAAAAUUUAGUUUAAGCUUUUUUUUAAUUACUGUAACCAUGUUACAUUACCCCCUACCAACGGUUAAAAAAAUAAAUGAAGAUUUCUGAAUUUAUUUUUUUUGUGUUUAAAAAAUAAAACAGUUUUUCUUUAAUGCUUCUAUUAAUGUUAGUUGAUUUGGUUUUACUCAACUGACCGAAAUAGUACUUAAAUUAUAAAAAAAAGAGGAAAAACAAAUGAACUCAUUUAAUUCGACGUAUCAUCUAAUUACUAAUAUAUUUUUUUAAUUUUAACUGUAGAAACAAAUAAGAAACAAAAAUGAACUACAUAAAUCUAAUUCCGGGAUACCACUACAGUUACCAAAAUUACACCUCUAUAACCCAAAGUCUCAUAAGACACGUCCUAGUAUUCUAGAACAUAAAUCUGGCCGCUUCCGCGACCAACAUAUCUCCACCAGGGAGCCGUCAAGAACCUUCUCGACAAAAACCAAACUAAAACAUUUUAUGUACUUUCAGACUUAUCCGAACAAAAUUCUAUCGAAAUUCUCAAUCAUAAACAUGACAUUUUACUCGAGCGCAACCGCGCUCUAAAUGACCUUAACUUUCAUGGUAUCCCUACUUCGACAGCCUCUACUGUAACUGGCCGACGACUACAAACGAUAAAUUGCGUUUGACGUUUCUCUGAAUUAUCGGAUUUGUUUUGGUUUGAUUUUCUUAUCUGACAGUGGUGAAAUGAAAGUGAAAGCGAACGAAAAGUGAAUUUACUGAUAGAAGUGCCAAAAAAUUGAAGAAGAACCAGGAACUAUUGCAUGUAUGAUGGAAAUUACUACGGAGAAUUGAAAGCUGCUAUGUGUGAUCUUGUUUCAACCAGCCCUGAGAAUGGAUCAUCGAGAGGCGAAGAGGGAACUGCUUGUAGUAUAGAAUCGUUUUUGAAGCCAGCCCCUCCCGCUCUGCUCGGAGUAACCAAACCUUCCUCAUAUUCCGGAUCCACCGAAUCCACGGUAAACACUGCUCGUGAUAGGGCGUCGGCAGUAAUGUUCAACGACCCCUUUCUAUACAGCAGUUCAAAAUCGUACUGCUGGAGCUUCAGGGCCCACCGGACCAAUUUAGCCGAGCCCCCUUCGGCGCUAAUUCUUCGCAGCCAAAUGAGGCUUUGGGCAUCGGUAACUACUGUAAACCGGGAGCCUUCUACGUAGUGCCGAAAUUUUUGGAUUGCCAAUAUUACCCCCAGGCAUUCUUUCUCCGUUGGGGCGUAUUUCCGUUGGGUCGCGGACAGCUUCCUGGAGAAAAAAGCUAUUGGCCGUCUUAUCCCGUCGAUCACCUGGACUAAGACUGCGCCCACUGCAACAUCCGAGGCAUCCGAUUCAAUUAUGAAGGGAAGCUGGAAGUCGGGAUUCGCUAAAACGUUUGGAGAGGUAAGUACUGAUUUUAUUUUUAGGAACGCCUCGUCUGCUUCUUUUGUCCAACAGAUCUUCCCCUUUGUCCCCUUUAAUAAGUCCGUAAUAGGGGCUGUUAGGUCGCUGAAACGUUCAAUAAAUUGCUUGUAAAAGCUUACCAUGCCAACGAACCGACGUACUUCUUUAGGUGUUUUUGGAGUUGCAUACUCCAAAAUUGGUUGAAUUUUUGUACUGUCUACGGCCAGGCCUUGUUCCGAUAAAGUAUACCCUAAGUAGCUUAUUGUCUUUUGACAAAAUUUGGAUUUCUCCAAGCUAAUUGUUAAAUUAGCUUUUCUCAGCCUUUCGGCAACCAGUCUUAAAAGACGAAAAUGUUCUUUUAGACUAUUUGACGUUAUUAUUAUAUCGUCUAAAUACACAUAAACGUAUGGUUCUAAGUCUAUCCCUAGGACCUUGUUCAUAAGUUUGGUUUGAGUCGUUGGCGCUCCUUUGAGCCCAAAGGGCAUAAC